AUGCUGAAAUGGCUGAUUGAGGAUGUGCACCCUGCCCCAAAGAAGGUUGUAAGCACCAUCUGGUGCUUCUGUGCUGCCAUGGAACACACUCCCCAGAAAACAAAGGUUACUGGUAUGAAUCAGCAAAGUUCUCCAGCUCUUGAUGCAGGCACCAGUGUACCUCCUGUUCCUGUUGCUCCUGUUGCUUCUGACUUCAACAUCCCUGCCAGCAAGGUCCCUGGUGUUGUCAAUCCUGAGUGCUUGAAAGUCCAGUCCCAAGACUGCAAAAAGACCGCAACUGGACCAGACCAAGACUGCAAAAGACCAGACCUGCAGUCUUGGUCUUUCAGAUUUGAGAUCACAAGACCGCAAAAAAACCGGUUAACAUGGACCGGUCUUGUCGGUUAA